AUGUUAUGGUCAAAUCCUAUUUCCGGGCUUCAACGAUUAAUAGAGCAGCAGAAGAAUCAGGAGACACGAGUGAAACAAGCACCAGCGCAGCAAACGGCUUCGGCGGUACCAGGGGAGGCGGUGGGGGAGGAGGGAGCGGAGGAGGGGGUAGAGGAGGGGGAGGAGGUUCCUUUAGAGAACUGGCGGGUGCGAGAGCAACAGCGUCGAUCGCGGGGGUUGUACGAGCAUCUCCUGACCGUCGAUUUAGAGCAGCGAAUCCAGGCUCGCGAAGCCGCUCUGCGACGGUUCGCAGGAGGAUCUUCAAGCGUCGCCGGCGUGGCCAACACUGUCGCAGCCAACGAGUUUGGCGAGCAGUCGAACAUCUAUCUUCCACGCAACAACAGCGCGUUUAGAAAGGCAGGCACGGCGGCGACGCCGGCGGUACAGUACACUGAGGCCACUCCGUUAGGCGUGCUUGACAGCCGGCCGAAGCUGGGCUUUAAGGGCAUCUCUGGGAAGCGGCAGCUGGUGGCUGGCGUGAACCAUGCUUACAGCGGCACUCAGUUCGAUCCAUGGAUUCCCGACUCCACUGUGUGCGUUGGCAGGCUGUACAUUGUGCAGAUCGUCAACUAUGCCAUUGUGAUCUACAACAAGCGAGGCAAGAUAGUGCGACUCCCCCAACCACUCAACGAGUUCUUCGGAGUGAUGCCGGCCAACUCCACCCGCCCAGGCGAUUUCAUCAACAAGGCCACGUGCGUCUUUGACGCCUCGUCAGGCAGAUUCUUCCUUGCAGCAGCAUGGCUCUCCGGUGGGUAUCGCAACAAGUGGGACCGGUUUGGGCAGACGAGGAGGAAUGCGGAUGGGAGCACGUCAGGGUAUGGCAUCGUGGUGGCUGCUUCUUCCUACCUCACGCCCAUGAUGGCCUGGAACGUCUUCUUCAUUCCCGCCAGCAACGACGGGGUGAAGUCUCACAACGACACGGCCCCGCCUCUGAGAUACCCCGGCCGGGUCUACUGGGGCGCCACGCCUCGCAUUACAGUGGACCGCUUCGGUGUUUAUCUUACCACGCGGCAGUAUGCCAUGCAGGGGAAGCUCGGGCGCUUCGUGGGCAGCAACAUUUAUGCAAUCCACAAGCCCAAGCUCUACAUCCGUUCAUCCAAGCGUGUGGUGCGCUUCGCCAUCCCGAUGAUCAACUUCAACAGCUUCCCCGUCUUUGGCCUCGAGCCGCAGUCCCCCCGCGUGCCACGCCUCUCCCGCUACCGCGGGCAGGACAGAGUCUUCUUUGGCUGCAUCGACAUCUCCUUCACCUUCCCCCUCCCUCACACCUCCCUCGCGCUCUGGUCCCUCUCUGACACCUCCUCUCUCAUGCUCCCUCACCCCACCCUCCGGCUCCGCUACUCUAUAAUCAACACACCGGCAUACUACGAUUCGGACUAUGCCAAGCAAAAGCCCGGGCCGCCACCGUAUGAUACCCCCCAGGAUGUGGUGCCUCCGACGUCCACGUCUGUAGCGUGGUUCAAGGGGCAUGUGUGGAUGGCGUUUCCGUCCGGCUACAGCCUGGAUCCGACCUCGGUGCCGUCUGUAGCCUUGGUGAAGCUCCGGCCGUUCCUGCGGGGAAAGAGGUCGUUUCCGACCCUGGUGAAGAAGUUUGGGAUUUAUGGAGUGCCGGGGCAGAGUUUGCUUAGCCCUGUGAUUGGCUUCAACAGCAAGGGCCAGGGCAUCCUUGCAGCAACGCUGAUUGGCUCAGAGUACUUCCCUACAGCAGCUUAUGUCCGCAUCAACCAAAAAGGAGUUAUCGGAAAUAGUAUUUUCGCGGUUGGGCCCGGCCAAGCCCCGCUUGAGCCGUACAGCGGGCGAGUAGACAUGGCGAGGGUGGACCCCCUUCCACCAGACGAGGACAUCAAACCGCGGCGAAUGCCCAGUCCGCUCCUCCGCCGCAAGAAAGCCGGCUCCUCUCCUCAACGACGACCUUCAUCGCCGUCACCGUUACCAAUACCGUCAUCGUCAACCCCUUCUGAUGGCACCAAGCCCUUCCUUCGCCGCUCCCAUUCAUUUUCGCAGUCCGAAGCUCCUCCGAGAACCGCGCCCGUUUCUGACGCUCCCCCGCAGAUGCUCGGAUCUCCGGGCAGAAGAUCGGUGGAGAGUAUAUUCAUGCUGUCGGCUGGCCGUCUUCGGUCGUCGAGAAACCGUCAGGAGAAGUCGAAUCCUCAUCCGAUUUUGUCGGCUAGCCGGUCAGCGUCGACUGCGUUCACGGCUGCGACUGCUUCCACCAGCUCUAUAACUAGCGCCGUUGACUUCUCUGCCUACCGGCCGAUAACUCGGACGGCUGACCGGCAACAUGAGAGCAUUUCUGUGACCGCGAGCACUCCGGAAUCAGGAGGGUCGCAUUUUCGCAUAGGAAAUCCGUUUCGCCGGCGAAACAAGGAAAAUCUCGCCACUCUCAGCGGCGAAGCGAAUAUACAAGCAUGCGACGACCAUGUUACCAUCACAGUUCCGGUUAACGUUUCGACUGCUGCUGGUAACCCUAUGAAUCGCAGAGGUAACAGUCCCCACCGCAGUAGGUCGCGAAUGUCUUCCCCCUACGAUCCGAGAAAGGUGGAGAGCGGGGCCGAGGAGCUUCCAAUAGAAAGGCAAGGAGCGCCGGAUGCGGCUGUGAUUGCGGAAGAUCGAGGAGCAUCCGCUAGAUGCUCGAUCGACGGUGGAGAAGUGGGAAGGCAGGCCAGCGGUGUAAAUCAGCCUGCAUCGCGCUCAAGCAGCGGAAGGUCGGAGAGCCGCGCGGAAAUCCUCCCCCGCAGCGGAAGCGGAAGCUUGCGGGGGGAGACGGGACUCGUGAGGAGCGCAAGCAAGGGCGAGGACGUGACGGCGCACGGGAACUCGCUUGCGCUGGUCCCCGUGGGCGGAGGGUGGGGGGAGAUGCUGAACCAGGCACGCGGCGGAGCGGGGGGGCUGAUGGUGCCCGCGGCAAUGGCGCAAGAGAGCUCCGACGUGGUCAUGGGGAUACUGUGGAAGUGGGUCAAUCUGGGUCGCGGCUGGGGCAUGCGACUGUUUGUCCUCGAAGGGGGCUCUCUGUCAUUCUUCAAAUUGGACGGUCCAGAUAAGGCGAUCGUGCUUCACGAGCUGCAGCGGCGGCCGGGCGCGCGACUGAUCGGCGACGAGAUUCGUCGCUACGUGCGAAUCGAGCGCGAGAACGGCGUGCUGGCGACGUCGCUGGGCGUGCUGGGCGACAGAACGCCGCACGGGCAGAUCGAGCUCCACGUGUCAACCAUCCGCGCGAGCACGACGGACAAUCGAAAGUUUUACGUGUUCGGGCACAGAACGCUGGGUCUUAGAACGGAAUCCAAAGCGGGGAGGGCGCUUUGGAUGGAAGCCAUAGAAAACGCGCGCGUGAACCUAAUUAAGAGGCUCCAUGCGGCGACGAAUAAGGUGGACGUGUCGUCGCACGUGUGCUUCGACGCGGUUAGGACGUACAUGCAGCGGAACGGGGUGGAAGAGGAGGUUAUAAGCGGUGUGGAGGAAUUGGUUCGGAGGAAGGUGGUGGUUCGGCUGGAAACUAAGUUAAGGGAGGAGCAGAGGAAGCGGUUACAGCUGCUCACGCUGCUACGGCAACUCGAGGCGGAGAAGGUGGAGCUGGAAACGGCAGUGGUGGACGAGAAGAGGCAGCAGGGCCAACCCAGCAGCAGCGCCAUGCUUCUGGGCGAGGAAGACGACGAUGCGGACAGCACAUUUGAUCAAGACGAUGGUGACGACGAGGGGGACGACGCUCUGGCUGCCGGGGAAGGCGGCGGGGCGCGGAAGGAGCCUCGGCUGACGUCGACGGUGCGGGAUACGGACGAGGACGAGGGGGACACGGACAGCGACUGUAAUGACGAGUUUUACGAAGCGAUGACGGAGUUUGCUGGGCAGGGCAUGGUGAAACGCGUGCUGGAUAUCGAAGAGGUGGGGUUCAGCUACCCGCAUGUGCCGCGGAGAGUGAAGCUGCCCGACCCAGAGGAGGAGGAGAAGCCGCUGAGCCUGUGGUCCGUGCUCAAGGAGUGCAUGGGCAAGGACAUGUUCAAGGUCUCGCUGCCCGUCAACUUCAACGAGCCGCUCAGCUCGAGCCAGAAGUACCUGGAGAUGUUGGAAUACUCGUGGCUGCUCGAUAGGGCUGCGGAGUAUGGCCGAAGGGGCAACCGAUUAAUGCGAGCAGCACAUGUGGCGGCAUUCGCAGUGUCGCGGUAUUCAGGCAACGAGGGGCGCAUGCACAAGCCCUUCAACCCGCUGCUGGGAGAGACCACUGAAGGGGACUAUCCUGACAAGGGCAUUCGCUACAUCUCCGAGUCGGUGGUGCACUAUCCGCCAAUGAUAGCCUGGCACGUGGACGGCACAGGGUGGAAGUUCUGGGGGGACGUGUGCCCCAAGAUUCGAUUCUGGGGGCCGUCCAUCCAGCUGGACCCUGUGGGCGUGCUCACUGUGCAGUUUGACGACGGGGAGACGUACGAGUGGAGCAAUGUGACGGUGCUGAUUCAGAACCUCAUUCUGGGGAAGCCCUUUGUGGAGCACUACGGCACCAUGCGCAUCAAGGGUAACCGUGGCUACUCUGCCCGCCUGCGCUUCAAGGAGCGCUCCACCUUCGACCGGAACCCGCACCAGGUGCGCGGGCUGGUGCAGAACGAGGCAGGGGACGAGCAGGGCACGCUGAUGGGGCGGUGGGACCAGCACAUGCACUACGUGCCGGGGGAUCUGACAAGCAAGACGGCCAAGGAGGAGAGUGAGGUGCUGGCCACGGCACAGCUCAUCUGGAAGAAGAACCCCGUGCAGCCCAACCUGAAAUACAAGUUCACGCCCUUUACAAUCACGCUCAACGAGCUCACUCCUGGGCUCAAGGAGUUACUGCCCCCCACGGACUCGCGGCUCAGGGAGGACCAGAGGGCGCUGGAGGAGGGGCGGUAUGACUUCGCCAACCAGGAGAAGUGCCGCCUCGAGCAGCGCCAGCGCAAGGCGCUCAAAGAUGGGGAACCAGGGUGGGGCCCACGGUGGUUCAAGCCCAUGGGGCCGAACAACACAUGGCGGUACACUGGGGGAUACUGGGAGCAGCGGGAGAAGCGGGACUGGUCCGGUGUGCUGGACCUGUUUGCGCCGGAGGAGGCUGAUGGAGAUGCUAACAAAGCAUAG